AUGGAGUACAAGCUGGUGGUGGUGGGCCGUGGUGGGGUGGGCAAGUCGUGCCUCACCAUUCGCUUCGUGGCCAACCAUUUCCUGGAGGAGUAUGACCCCACCAUCGAGGACUCCUACCGCAAGCGGGCGUACAUCGACGACGAGUCCUGCGUGCUCGACAUCCUCGACACCGCCGGCCCCGAGGAGUACAGUGCGAUGAGGGACCGGUACAUGCGCUCGGGCCAGGGCUUCGUGUGUGUCUACGACAUCACCUCGCGCUCAGGUGACGGUCUUCUACGACCACAUCCGACGGUCAAGGAUGUGGACCACCCGGCCAUGGUGGUGGUGGGCAACAAGUGCGACCUGGAGUCCCAGCGCCAGGUGGCCGUGGCCGAGGGCGCCGCGCUGGCCCAGUCGUUGGGUGGCGGCUGCGUGUUCCUCGAGACCUCGGCCAAGGCCGACAUGAACGUGCAGGAGUGCUUCUUUGCCGCCGUGCGCGAGAUCCGUCGGCUCACCAACAACAAUAACGACGACAGAACCAACUCCACGAAGAAGAAGAAGAAGAACAUGAACGGCGGCAACUCCCAGCGCUGUUACCUCUCCUGA